UGUUGUGAUGUACCAACUAGUGACAUGAUUGAGUAUCGAGGACUGAUAACAGUGACCAGUGACCAGUGAUCAGUGAUCAGUGACAGUGACUGACAGUGAUCUGUGCCCUCAUCGGCAUAUGACCAACACGACAGGACAUGGCCGAUUUUCAAGAGGUGUGGCAGGACAUCGAGACGGUGAUCCUUGGAGGCAGUGAUGCGACCCCACCAACGCUCCCACCGACACACUUCCCCCACCACCAGCCUCAACAAAUGUCCAACUUCUACAUUGACUUGAGCACUUCCUACAAGCACAGCCGACAUUCUCCUGAUUCCGAGUUGAAGGAUUCCGAACCUAGUUUGGGUGGCGAUGCAACAAUGUAUAUGGACUACAACAUGCCAUCCACGUCAUCUCAAUCAGCUCAGUGGUCCAGUGCAAGUACAGAGGGUCCACCAGCAUUCGUCUGUAGGAAUUCUUCGUACUUGACAGCCCAACAAGGGUCAAGGUAUCUCGUUCCUCUAGGUCAGAUCUCGCCUCCCAAUACACCCGAAGCAUUCCAGCAUAGCACUGGAUCAGACCCCUACAACCCGGAGAGGCAACAUCACCACUUCAUGAUCAUCACUCCACCAUCAUCACCCCACAUCACCACACAUCACCAUCAUUUGCCCUAUCAACAGACAACAUCUCAUCAUGGUCCCCCCCUACCACCAGCCCCCCAAGCACUCACCACCCCUCAGCAGGCGACCAAAACUAGACGCCGACACAACUGGAGUCGACGUAAAGUCAUUGUGCACACAUGCUCGCAUUCGGGAUGCGGCAAAACGUACACCAAGUCGUCUCACCUGAAGGCGCACCUGCGGACGCACACCGGAGAGAAGCCAUACCAGUGUGGCUGGAAGGGGUGCGGCUGGAAGUUCGCCCGUUCCGACGAGUUGACCCGCCACUACCGCAAGCACACCGGCGAUCGCCCCUUUCGCUGCCGGCUCUGCGAUCGCGCCUUCUCACGCUCUGAUCAUCUCUCCCUACACAUGAAGCGACAUGUCACUGUUUGAUAUCCUAUACAAAUAUAUCAAAGCUACAUCCAAAAUGCUAUUUCCACAUGAAAACAAUAGUAGAUUUUCAUCAUCAGCCUCAUAGGCUGAGAAAUCAGGUUUAAUGCAAGAACUUGAGUCAAGAAUUUUAGAAAAAAAAAACGGAGAAAUUUAGGGUCUCAUGUAUAAAAAAGACAGUACAGUACAUGCACAUAUACAACUCGAAGAGGCUUUACAUCUUAGCACCGAAACAAACCUUAUUUACCUCAGGAGUAAAUUGUAGUAAUACAAGAUUAUUGAUCGUCAGAAAGAAGGAUUUUAAGUUACAAAAAAGUCACAAAACUGAACCAAGAAAACGAUUAAUCAAAAUAACGAUACAUAAUGCUGCAACAGAAUAAUAGGAAAAAAAUCAAGUCAAGAUAGUUAUGAGAGCAACUAAUCACCAGAACCCAAAUGCAUCAUCAACAAAUAUAAAAUAAUGGAUAUUUUGAAACAGAAACAACGAAAGUUAUAAUAUACAUCAAAAAUAUAGACGCGAUACUAUAAAGUGAUUACUUUUUGUAAUCAAAAAACUAUUCCAUACAAUAAUUAUUGAAACUACACUGUAAUGCUGCACUGUUACAUUCAACACCAUCAAAAACUGGAACUAAAAGUUAAAACUGCUAAACAUUUGAUUCAAUUUGAAUUACUUCAAAAUCCUCUCCUAUUUCAUUUCUGUGAAUCAAAUCAAAUUUUAUCUUACACAACUUUAAUGCAGAACAUGAACAAAUGGUUAUGAUAUUAUGAUAUCUAGUUAUAUGUGGAUAAAUUGUUUCAAUUCUGUAGAAUAACAUGAUCACAGAAAAUGAGCUUUUCGGACAAAUCUAAUUUAGUAUUCAUUCCACAAAUGUGAACGAAUAAUGGCUUAAAUCACAUAUCAUUGAUUUUAAGAGCAUUAUUUAUUAGGCUACUCCUAUUCUUUCUGUCGAAAGAACUAGACUUUUCAAAAGCCUAGUUAUAAAUUCUCAAUUCAUUAAUUUGUUUUUAUAUGUUCUCUAGUUUCUAAGGAAUUAUAUCAGAUCUUGUCAUAG